GAGAGCAGGAAAGGAGCCGCACCAGCAGAGCAGCAAGAAGCUCCAUGCAGAUGCUCUCUCGCCAUCGCCAUGGGCGCCGCCUCCUCCAUUUCGCACUCAAGCCCCCACCUUUGUCCACCACAAACACGGCCAGCGCCCCGCCUCCGCCUCCCGUUUGCACCCCAGAUGCCGCCCCCCACAUCUUCUCGCUCGGCGACCACGACCCCGGCGCGCUAGCUCCCGACGACGCCAUCGCGGCACUCCCCUCCCUCGCGGAAUCCGAUGGCUCCGCUGCGGCGCUCGCCUUUUUCCGCCGCCUUGCGUCCCGCCCGGACGUGCGCCACCUCAUGCGCCUCUACGUCACCGCCGCGACCGCCUUCGUCGCGAGGGGCAGCCUCCCCAUGGCGCACGAGGCCAUGCGCCGGAUGGUCGCCGCCUUCGCCGAGGCGGGCCGUCUCCCGGAGGCCGCGGACAUGGUCUUCGAGAUGCGCAGCCACGGGCUUCCGUUCUGCGUCGAGACGGCCAACUGGAUCCUCAGGGGCGGGCUGGACACCAGGAACUUCGCCUACGCGCGCAAGGUGUUCGACGGAAUGGUGACCCGUGGUGGGGUGUGCCCUGAUGCGCGCAGCUUCCGGGCGCUGGUCCUAGGGUGCUGCAGGGAAGGCCGGGUGGAGGAGGUCGAAGCCUUGUUGGCGGCAAUGUGGGGGCAAGGGUUCUGCCUGGACAACGCGACAUGCACGGUGGUCGUGCGCACCUUCUGCAAGAAGGGCCGAUUUAGGGACGUGUCUGAGUUCUUCAGGAGGAUGCUGGAGAUGGGCACCCCACCAAAUGUGGUGAAUUACACUGUGUGGAUUGAUGGUUUGUGCAAAAGAGGGCAUGUCAAGCAGGCGUUCCGUGUACUGGAGGAGAUGGUCGGAAAAGGACUGAAGCCGAAUGUGUACACACACACGUCGCUGAUCGAUGGGCUCUGUAAGAUUGGGUGGACGGAGCGGGCGUUCAGGCUUUUCUUGAAGCUCAUCAAGAGUAGUUCAUACAAGCCGAAUGUGCAUACAUACACUGUGAUGAUUGGAGGGUACUGUAAUGAGGGUAAGCUUGCUCGAGCUGAGAUGCUUCUUGGAAGGAUGGUUGAGCAGGGGUUGGCACCAAACACAAACACAUACACUACGCUGAUCAGUGGCCACAGCAAAACAGGCAGCUUCGAUCGUGCCUUUGAGCUGAUGAAUAAGAUGACUCAUGAAGGCUUCCUGCCCAACAUUUACACAUACAAUGCUGUCAUUGAUGGCCUCCUCAAGAAAGGAAAAAUUGAAAAGGCCUACGAGGUGCUCCGGAGGGCCACUACUCAAGGGCUUGAGCUUGAUAAAGUGACAUAUACUAUAUUCAUAACUGAACACUGCAAACAAGGUCACAUAACAUAUGCUCUAGAUUUGUUCAACCGGAUGAUUGAAAAUGGUUGCCAUCCUGACAUAGAAACAUACACCACCCUUAUUGCUACAUAUUGCCAGCAGAGACAGAUGGAAGAAAGCGAAAAGCUGUUUGACAAGUGUCUCGCCAUAGAAUUAGUGCCAACCACACAAACUUAUACCUCAAUGAUUGCAGGCUACUGUAAAGUUGGCAAAUCAACCUCAGCUUUGAGAGUCUUUGAUAGAAUGAUUCAAAAUGGAUGCCUCGCUGACUCUGUAACUUAUGGAGCUCUAAUAAGUGGGCUCUGCAAGGAAUCGAGACUAGAGGAAGCACGGGCAUUAUAUGAAGGCAUGCUUGAUAAACAUUUGGUGCCGUGUGAAGUAACUCCUGUCACUUUAGCUUUUGAAUAUUGCAGUAGGGAAAGGACAAGUGUUGCUCUAUCUAUCUUGGAUAGACUGGAUAAACGGCGACAGAUUCACGCAACAAAUGUGCUAGUUAGAAAGCUCAGUGCUACGGGAAAUGUGGAUGAUGCAAGUCUUUUCCUAAAAAGGGUUUUGGAUUGGGAUUCGGCUGUUGACCAUGUAACUUAUACUGGCUUCAUCAAUUCAUGCUGCGCGAACAAUAGACACGCCCUAGCUUCUGAAAUAUCUGAUAAGAUCUCGAAAAAAACCCUCUAGCUUUCAAGAAAAGAAUGCUACAGUUAUUGCUUAGUUAGGGAGAGCAAUCUAAUUGCUUGCAACUGAUAUGGAAGAAAUAUUCUACAGUAGGUGUUCACUGUUCUCAGCUUGCCAUAGUAAAAUGGUACUCUUUUCUUGCCAAGAUCUAUAUGACCAGACUUCCGCUAGUGUAUCGUGUAAGAACUGCUUGAUGGCAGGAACGGCGUCCCCUGUGCAUAAACAUGUGAGAAGAAAGAAGGUUUGUUGUUGAUAUGCUGAAGAAACUGUGAUAGCUCAGCGAGAACAACUCUAUGUUGGAGAUAUUCAACAAAAUCCAUAUGCAUAUGAAGGUCACAUAUUUUCUACAAUCCGAAGUCUCUGAUACGCAGAUGGACAUGAUUCUUGGUAUCUGAACCUCGCUCUUUGUUGAUGUUGGCUGCCCUCAUUGGCUCGAAAACUAUUCCAGAUACGGCAACUGCGUGCAGCUGGGCUUUGGAUGCUUGUCUCCCACGAGGGCUCUUAUCCUAAUCCCCAAUGUCAAGCUGGUUGGAUAUCAGAAAAUCUCUUGCAAAAACUGGGAACUGUCUAGUUAAAAUAUCUAACAAUUGCAAGUAAUACUGUGAAAGGUCCCUUUCAAUGAAAGAACACCAUGAAAACUGACCAAAACAGAUGAGUAUCCCCAUAACUCAGGAAAUUCAUGUCUAGUCAGCAAAAUCUUGAUGCUUGCUGGUAUUUAAGGGGACUGGUGGCGCCUACACGGUUACGUUAUUAUGCUAUGUCAGCUGCACCACAGUUGUUGGCUGGAGUGAAAAUGUCUUUCUCAGUCUUGACCUUUUAUGGGUCCUCACUGGACAUGUUUGAUGUUGAGCUCCAUAUGAUCAUUGCUUGUAAUCUACACAUGUACGCUAACUUCUUAAGGAAAACCACUUCAUCUA